AUGCUUGAUUUUCAAGAUUCAACGCCAUCUGAUAUUGAUCAAAUGAUUAUAUCAAUCGAUGAUACAUCAGAUGAUCAUCUCGAACCUAUUGGCAAUAUUGAAAAUUCUAAUAUUCAACAAUACCAUGGAAAGAGGUCCAGAAUUUCUCGCCGUAAUUUUAACAUUCUUGGAAUGACCUCCUCAGAAGAGCCUAGCAUAUGCCCAAAUGUUCAUCUCCUUGCUAAAAAUUCAGAAGAAUCUACACAAUUAAAUAUUUCAUACAGUUCUUCUGCUGGCUCAAGUUAUUCUGUAAAUUUGUUAAAAGGAAAGUCAACAAAUGCACCAACAGAGACAAGUCAACUUUCUGAACAACUUAUGGUCCAACAGCUAUAUUUCUAUGACAUUGAACAUGAAUUCGAGAAUCGCAUUGUUGACUCAAUCAGAAUGGAUCCUUCUAUUAUUGCCCAACUUAUGGAUCUCCUUCGUGUAAAUCCAUAUUCAACAUUUUUUCGAUCUAUUGGUGAUUUGCCAAAUUUAGAAUAUCAAAAAAUCUGUAUAAAAUCAGAUCCUGGUUUAGAUCAACGGGUGUUUAAUGCCCCAACAUCAUCAGAAGUUGCAGCUAUUUGGGUUGAAAAUGAUGAUUCAGAACAUUUAACACCUCGUGAUAUUUUCAUAUUUAAUCAUAUUGGCGGGAGUCAUUUAGUUCAAUAUUAUUUUGGAUGCUAUGAUCCGCUUCAAUAUCCUCUGUUGUUUCCUCUUGGAGAUAUUGGAUGGCACCAAGGUAUACAAAGAAUUAACAAAAGAAUUGCAUCUGUAUCUGCCAAUAACUGCACAACUCAAUUAAUUGAUCCUCAUCAAUCAACAUCAGCAGAAGAAUUACUCAGAAGAGAAGAACAAGUUUUAAAGAAAAAGAGAAAAGAUCCCAUUGUUUCUUGCCGUGAAUAUUACUGUUACAAGUUGCAAAUUAGAGAAAAUCUGAAAUCUAUCCUUCUAAUCUCUGGCCGACUUCUUCAACAAUUUGUUGUUGACAUGUAUAUCAAGAUAGAGACUUCAAGGUUAGAUUAUUUUCGUUGCAAUCAACAACAUAUUCGAUCUGAAUUAUAUCAAGGCAUUGUUGAUAGCAUUAAUCUUGGAGAAACAAAUGCUUCAAGAAUUGGCAAACGUAUAAUUUUGCCUUCAUCUUUUAUUGGAGGCCCAAGAGAUAUGCAAAAAAGAUAUUUAGAAGCAAUGGCUUUAGUUCAACGAUAUGGCAAACCAGAUAUUUUUUUGACAAUGACAUGCAAUCCAAAUUGGAAAGAGAUCUCAACUCAAUUGUUACCACAUGAGGAAACCCAAAAUCGACCUGACUUAAUUGCUCGAAUUUUUAGAGCAAAAUUAGAGGAUCUGAAGUAUGAAUUAUUCAAACGAGAAAUAUUUGGAAAAAUCUCAGCAUAUGUUUAUGUUAUUGAGCACCAAAAAAGAGGACUUCCACAUGCCCAUUUCCUGAUUAUAUUGCGUCAAGAUUGGAAAUUAUACGCACCAGAAUCUUUUGAUGAGAUCGUAUCUGCUGAAUUACCUGACAAAGACAACAACUUACAUCUCUAUACAGCUGUUGUUAAGCAUAUGAUGCAUGGCCCAUGUGGAGUUCUAAAUCCAACAAAUGUAUGCAUGAAAAAAAAUGGUUGUUGCAAAAAUAAUUACCCAAAACAGUUUGUCUCAAACACUGUUGUUGGAAAUGAUUGCUUCCCAAUAUACAAACGCUGCAACAAUGGAAGAACAGCCAAAAUCAGAGGACAUGAUUUAGAUAAUCGUUGGGUUGUUCCAUAUAACCCUUAUUUACUUGCAAUGUUUGACUGCCAUAUUAAUGUUGAGAUAUGUUCUACAAUAAAAGCUGUCAAGUAUCUUUACAAAUACAUUUAUAAAGGCCAUGAUCGUAUUGCCUUCAAUCUGGUUUCUGAACAAAGCACUCAACAGAUUGAUGAAAUUGAAAGAUUUCAAUCAGCUCGAUGGAUUACUCCACCAGAGGCUAUGUGGAGAAUAUUUGGCUUUAUUAUCAAUGAGGUUCAUCCAGCAGUCUAUAGCUUACAUUUACAUCUUGAAAAUCAGCACCAGGUUACUUUCCGUGCACAUGAAAACUUAACAAAUGUGAUAAACUCUGACUUUUCAGCAAAGUCAAUGCUGACUGAAUUUUUCGCAACAAAUCAAGUUGAUCAGAAUGCCAGAAAAUUGUUGUAUAAAGAAUUUCCUGAAUUUUAUGUUUGGAGCCAACAAUACAAAAUGUGGACUAUUCGAAAAAAACAGGUUGUGAUAGGUCGAAUUGUUACAGCAAAUCCUUUUGAAGGAGAAAUGUAUUAUCUGCGGAUGUUAUUAAAUCAUAUAAGAGGUCCUUUAUCAUUUGAUCAUCUCAAAACUGUCAAUGGUAUCUUGGCCCCCACAUUUCGUGAAGCUGCAACUAUGUAUGGUUUAUUACAGAGAGAUGACAGUUUAGAAGAAUGCUUAUACGAAGCCUCUCUUUACCAAAUGCCUUUCAGUUUAAGAAGACUAUUUGCAACAAUUUUGGUUUACUGUAAUCCUACAAAUCCAAGAGAUCUCUGGGAACGCUUUGAACAAGAUAUGUCUGCUGAUUUUCAAUUAGUUGAAAGUUCUUCAUCAACUGUUAGAACUGAAACUUUACGCUCCAUCUGCACAAUAUUUGAAUCAAUGGAAGAAGAUCUUCAUGCAUCAACACUGCUUAAUUGCGAACAACAAAAUGCUUAUAAUUCUAUCUUACAAAAAGUUUUGUCAAAUGAACCUGCGAUGUUCUUUAUUGAUGGUCCUGGUGGUACAGGAAAAACAUUUUUAUACAAAGCACUCCUUGCUACAACAAGAACAAAGCAAUUAAUUGCUCUUGCAACUGCUUCAUCUGGUGUAGCUGCAUCAAUCUUACCUGGAGGUCGAACUGCACAUUCACGAUUCAAAAUUCCACUAGAUACCAACAAAAAUCUCACAUGUAGUGUCAGUAAACAAAGUGGACUUGCAAGAUUACUACAAAAAGUAAAGUUAAUCAUAUGGGAUGAAGCUCCUAUGUCAAGAAAAGAAUCUAUAGAAGCAUUGGAUAAAAUGCUAAAGGAUAUUAAUGAUUCAGAAUUAUCUUUUGGUGGAAAAGUUAUUGUAUUUGGUGGAGACUUUCGUCAGAUUCUACCUGUGGUCCCAAAAGGAACAAGACAACAACAGAUUGAUGCCAGCUUAGUUUCUUCCUACCUAUGGCCAAAAUUGACAAAAAUUCGUUUAACUGAAAAUAUGCGUGCAAGAUUAGAUCCAGACUUCUCAAAAUACAUAUUGGAUUUAGGGAAUGGGUUACCACCAAUCACAAUUAAUGAAUACGUUAGAAUUCCUGCAGUCAUGUUAAUUCCAUAUGAAAAUGAUUCUGCUUCUUUGGAUCAUUUGGUGGAUACUGUUUUUCAUAAUAUUUCUGAUUAUUCAACAAAUAUUUCAAGCAUGAUGAAUCGAGCUAUAUUGACACCAAAAAAUAGUUAUGUUGAUGAAAUAAACACUUUGUUGAUUCAGAGAUUUCCUGGAGAGUUAAAACAGUAUUACAGUUUUGAUGAAACAAUCGACGCAUCUGAACAGGCAGUCAUGGAAGAUUUCUUACAUACUUUAACACCAAAUGGACUUCCUCCACAUGAAUUAUUGUUGAAACAAAACUGUCCAAUCAUGUUAUUGAGAAACAUCAAUCCUUCAGAAGGACUAUGCAAUGGAACACGACUAAUCUGUCGCAAUUUUGAUCGUAACGUUAUUCAUGCAGAAAUUGCAGUUGGUCAUCACAGUGGCAAAAAGGUUUUUAUUCCGAGAAUUCCAUUUUUACCAAAUCCUGAUGAAAACAGUGGUUUCCCAUUCAAACGAACUCAAUUCCCUGUUAAACUAAGCUUUGCAAUGAGUAUAAACAAGUCACAAGGACAGACAUUAGAUUUUGUUGGGAUAUACUUGCCACAUCCAGUUUUUUCACAUGGACAAUUAUAUGUAGCUUUAUCAAGAGCUAAGACUAUUUCUGCAAUCAAGAUUCUGAUACGACCAAUCUCAACUGAUGAACCAGAAAAAAACUGCACAAAAAAUAUUGUCUACACAGACUUAUUAACAUUGGCCUCCUCUGACUGA